CUCGUAUGGAUAAACCACGUCAUAUAACAUAGUAUCAUUCCAAGUAGUAUACAGCAUGACCUGUGAAACAUUCAAGGGAUGACAGACGUCAAGCCAUAUAUCUUCAACAUGAACCAUCAAUAAAUUUGCAAUCAUCAAGAUCCGGCAUCAACCAAGAAUAUGACACAAACUGAAGAGAACGAACCCUUUCUUCCAUCCCCAGCGAUAGAAGAAGAAAGAAGAUCCUCUACUCCUCACAAUGAAUUCGAAAUUGAAGAUGAAGAAUUACAACAACAACAAAAGCCCAACUUGGUGAUUAUUUAUGCCACAUUUCUGGGCGUCUUUCUCUCUGCUGCAGAUGAAACCCUCGUCACAGCCACAUAUGGGACCAUCUCAUCACAAUUCCACAGUCUCGCGCUGGGAUCGUUGUUGUUGACUGGGUAUGAUUUUGGAUAUUGUGUUGGAUUGCCUGUUUAUGGAAUGUUGAGUGAUAUUUAUGGCUGCAAAGCCCCUCUGAUAUGGGCGUAUGGUCUUUUUGGCAUUGGAUCCGUGAUAUGUGGCGUCAGUACUUCUCUCUCGCAACUCAUCGUGGGAAGAGUCGUUGCGGGACUGGGCGGUGCGGGCACAAGUUCUCUUGUCUCUGUUAUCAUCGCUGAUAUCAUGCCGCCGUCUGAAGUCGCUGUUAUGCGGGCGUGGAUGAUGAAUAUCAGCAUUGCUGCCCGAAGCUUUGGAGCGCCGAUUGGAAGUUUUCUCACUGAGACUGUGGGAUGGAGAUGGUCGUUUAUAGGUCAACUACCUCUGCUGGGUUUCUGUAUUCUGGUCGCUGCGUUUGGAUUGCCGUCAUCUCUGAACGAGAGAAAAGCAGACGAGAAAGAAGAUGAAUCUAUCCUAUCCAAGAUCGAUAUUGCCGGCAUCAUCACCUUUGCAGCGACUGUGAUGAGCUUUCUCGCUCUAGUCUAUCAAACCGGCACAGACACCAACCAAGGACUAUUCAUACUCUCCAUCGGAGCCUUCAUCAUCUCCCUGAUCGCAUUCCUCCUGGUCGAAUUUUUCUGGGCCAAGAAGCCCUUGAUUCCAUUGAAUUUGAUCAAAGGCGAGUUUGGGGGUUUCUGUCUCGUGCAGGUUCUGCUUUAUUCGGGUCGAUUUGCGCUAAUUCCUCAACUCGUUCCGUAUUUCGUGCGAGUUGAAAACAUGAGCGAUGUCCUGGCUUCGUCUUUUCUCGUCGCUUCGUCGGUGGGCAUCGCAGCUGGCGCCAUGAUGGCUGGUUAUAUCAUCAGACGAACAAAAAACUACAAAAAAUUGGUUAUCAUCGGCCUCCUAGGCAGUAUAGCCUCCUACCUCCUCAUCUUCCUCCGCUGGCGUCACGGAUCCAACAUUCUCGAAGGUCUCUACGCCUUCCCCACCGGCCUCACAAAGGGUAUGAUAUUCUCAGCCCAAUUCAUCUGCAUGUCAGCCAGUGUCUCCAAGCCUCGUCUCGCGACGUGCGUCACGGUGUAUUAUCUGAGUAGUCAGCUCGGGACGGUAAUUGGGACGGCGUCGGGGUCGGCGAUGAUGCAGGGAUUGUUUCGGGGGGAGUUGAGACGGAGAUUGGGUGGUUUUCCCGAUAGCUUGAAGAUGGUUCAUGAUGUGCUGAAUGAAGCCCGAUAUGCGAUGAGUCUUCCAGGGGGGAUUCAGCAGAUUGUUCGGGCUUGCUAUUUAUACAGUUUUCAGUUUAUUCCUUUAUAUAGUCUGCUUUGUACGAGUAUUGCUCUGCCGUUGAUUAUAUUUCCCAAGGAGAGGAGGAUUGAUUAAUAUGGUAGAGAAUGAGGUGAGGGUGCAAG